AUGCAAAACGUUAUGGAGGUAUGGGGAAUUGAACCCCAGCCCUCUCCCAUGCUAAGGGAGCGCUCUACCACUGAGCUAUACCCCCAGCUGUCUGUCGUGGCGCGAAGUCAGCACUUGACACCUUGCAAGAAACUCGUUCCUCGCGUACGUAGAACGAAAUAAUCAAUAGGAAAAGUUGCGUUGUUCUCUGGUUGAAGCGCCUGUUCGAAAAAGUUCAAUAAUUUCAAAUUAUUUUUUAAACCUAACUUUUUAGAAUAUAAACUUGCUUUUUUUCCCUUUUUAUUUAUCUGCUAUUUUUUUGACCCGACUUAAUCAAUACAGUCUUUUGAUGUCAAAAGUCUUGAAAUCCUUAACCCUUUUUGUAAAGCUUGGAAUUGAUAGGAAGAAUCAUUAAGACUUAAAAUAGUUAUCUUGAAGCUCUUUUCACAUGUGCGAUGCUCGCAGAAACGUUUUUGAAAAAUUUACGAGAAAUUUCGGAUGGAUUAUAACUCUUUCUCGGCUUUAGAUCACGAACCUUGAUAGCUUUUCAAGUUAACUUUCUACACUAUGACUUAAAUUUCAUAAUUUUUACCUCCUUUGUUCGAGAGAAUUCAUUCGGAAACAAAUUGCUUCGAGAACCGCAUAAAAAAUACAUUUUCAUAAGUUUCUGGAUGUAGGAAAUUUUAUUUGAAAAAAGUUUUUCUGAUACUUUUGAAGGAAAAAUACAUAUAACUUUGAGAAAUGGCCGCCGCAUCGCUUUAUGCGUCACACGUGCCACUGUCUUCGGUUUCGCGACUCUUUUUGGCCUUGGGAUCUGCGGCGACGGCGAUUUUGGACCCUCGACGCGGCGACAUGGUAGCUGCCAUGGGCGAAACAACAGCUGUAGGAAGUGUUCUGGAGAAUAUCAGGUAAGGUAAAGAAACUGAGAAGAUUCGAAGAACAAGAGCUCGGACGAAGGAUGGAGUCGGACCGGGUUGGACGUCGUCUUCUUCGUGAAAAGCCCAGAGUGUGUGAGGCGACUAUCGACCGGAGACUUCUGGAGCGACUUCCUGACGGCACCUUCGGCAAGGAAUAUUCCAAGUGGGUGAAGUGAAGGCUUUUUUGAAAAAAAUAAUUGGAAAUUCGAGAUAGAACACGUAUCUAACAAGGGAAGUUCAAAAGGUUGAAAAGUUGUUCUUUAGCAUUGUCUCGUUUUAUAUAUAUGGUGAUCAAAAGUAUCUUACAGAGAUGCAAAAAUGUCUUAUUCCUGGAAAAAAAAUUUCUGAGACGCCAUAUCUCUAAAAUAAGACGAAUUGUAUCUCUGAAACCAGGAAGUCCUGAAAUACAUAUCUAAAAAUUUUUAAAUAAUUCUCAACUCUCUUUCGGAAUUCCCAAAACGGAAUAAUAAUUUCAAAGGAAAAUUGGAGUCUUUUCGAGGUUUCUGGACGCGUUGAAGACGUCGCCGGACGCGCGGCCGCCAGUCCGCUACAUCAACCAGCCGGAGCACCUCUACGUGAUGCAGCGCUACCGGGAGACCCACGACUUCACCCAUGUGGCCCUUCAGAUGAACACCAACAUGCUCGGCGAGGUGGCGCAAAAUGGAAAAAAAUCAUAAUGAUCAGUUUUUCAGGUUACUGUCAAAUAUUUCGAGGCGAUUCAGUUGGGUCUUCCGAUGUGCGUGACUGGUGCCGUGUUUGGGUCGGCACGGCUUCAGACCAAGUUAGUUUCUCAAGGGGUUCUCGAAGUGUUUUGAAGAAACAUUCUUUUCAAUAUUCAGUUUGUUGAGCUGACUUCAAGUCUUACAGAGAACUCUCACAGAGUUGAAACACUUUUUUCAUCGUCUCAAUUUUUUCAAAUUAAUUUAUCUUUGCUUUUUUAAUAGAGAGCAUUACAAAGGGCUGACCUCACUAAAUAAUAAAACUAAAAAAAAACGUAUCGUAAUACGAGGGAGUGCUGGAUUAUACAUUGUUCACUUUAAGAUAUCUAAAAUAUAAAAACAACAAGAUUUUGUGGAAGAAAUGAUUGGAUCUCUAUUUCAAAGUUAUGGUUUCAACACUAAUCGAAAUGAAGUACAACGGCAGAAAAAGAAAAAGAGAAUGAACAGGAAUCGGCGAGAACUCCUGAAUCGUUACCUUCCAUGGGUUACCGAACAAGCCCAGAACAGCCGACUUUUCCUGGCUUUCGAUUGGGAAAAUCACUUCGCCGAAUCUUUGAGAGACGUCCAACGAGAGCUCAACAUUGUUCCUUUCAGUGAUUUAUAGUUUUUCGUCAAUUUCUCUCUUUUUUGUCAAAAAAUUAAUACAAUAUAUCACGUGUACAGUGCAAUAUACGGCCUCAUGCUCCCACCUUUAUGAAAAAGAUGAAAAAAUUUAUGACUUUCAAUUUGAAAUGCCGGAAAAGAGGAAUAAAAGUGACGGCGAAAUUGAAAUUCGCGGUCGAAAAACCAUCGGCUGAUGAAAAUUCGAAGAAAUACGACGUUCCGGUUGUGAGCAGUAUAAAUAGGGCGGCAGUCAGAGCUUCGAGCCAAAAAAGCGACUCCCACGAAAUGAGGCUCGUCUUCCUCCUUCUUGUCGGUUCGUUCUGCAUUUUGAAGCUGUGAUCGUGGUAGAAUACCUACGCGUUUCUCUGGAAAUGCGGUCCUCGGUGCGCACAAGACGGGGACUGUUGCGUUUUCAUUCAGAGACACACAGUAACCGCCUUGAGCACAUCGCGCGCUGCCCUUUUUCCCUUUCCGGCUUCCGAAUUCCUUCCCGAAAGUCUAUUCAUACUCUCGGUGGUUUCAGUGUGCUCUGUUGUACCGCUGCUCGCGCUUCGCGGAGCUCUCUUCCGUCCUGGCCGUUCUGUCCCAAUGAACGUCGGUUUUGGAAAUUUCUUUGUGUAGAACUGAUCCAGUUUUUGAAAGCUAUCAUUUUGGAAGAUUAUUAGGCCUUGUCUGAUAUCAUAAAUACCUCAAAAAUAGGUACACGUCUUGACUAUUUUCGGCCAUCUUCUCUCUUCAAAUAAUGCUUCGGAUGAUUGAGAGAUCGUUAGGCUGAUCAAUCGGCGAAAAGUUGAUAAGACAAGGCUGUUUGGCCGCUUGACAUGAUGAAAUUCAUCAAUGACACACCGGAAGUGGAAGAGGAAAUAAUUUCUCUAAUUUUUCCCAAAAUAGAUCUUUAUUUGUGGCCUCGUUUAGGAUUUUCUGAGGUUCGGAAGGAGCGGCUCUGGGUCCGGCACGAGCUCAGCCUCGAUGGAGGUUCUGCCAAUGAUGCCUAUAAGAUGGGAUCGGCCGCUCGAUGCCGACUACGUUUCCAGAUGA